AUGGACAAGUUCAAGGUUGUAUUUUAUUCAAAGGAUUGUUUUGUAAAAGACCCUAACAUAAGACAUGAGGGAGGGGAAGUAUAUGCUUUAAGUGGUCAAGAUCCUGAUUACUGGUCUUUCUUUGAAGCAUAUGACCUAGUUAACUUGAUUGAACCUGAGUUUGAUAUAGGUUGUGUUAAGAUGUGGUGGAAACAUGAUGAAGGAUCCUUUGAACAAGACUUAAAACCAUUUAGGGAUGAUGGAAAUGCUUAUGAGUUAGCCAUGUAA